CACAGGGACGCAGAGGCUGUACAUGUGUGUGGUCAGUCACUCGGGAUCCUGAGUACGUCUAGACGCUGCCCUGCUGUGUGCACCGGCUUAAACGGAACUUUCCAGAGACGGCAAUGUCAUCUAAAAUGCACAGUUCCAGUUUCCUCACUGUGGCCCGCCGGACUGUGCAACAGCUGAGGAUGGAGGCCAGCAUCGAGAGGAUAAAGGUGUCGAAGGCCUCAUCAGACCUGAUGCGUUACUGCAGAGAACAUGCCAAGAAUGACCUGCUUCUUAUGGAAAUUCCAGCUUCAGAAAACCCCUUCAAAUACAAGAAGCCCUGCACUCUGCUGUAGAAUGCAGCUGCAGUUUUAUUUAUUUCUUGUGUAGGAAAACGAACAUUAAUUGUCAUCCUGAUCACAGCCUGCCUUAAAUUCAGUGCUCCUGCUCCCUUUAGAUUUUUACACAUCUUAUGUGCGUUCAGAGUGCAGC